AUGUCUGAUAAAAACAUUCAACAAAAUAAAUAUGGCGAAUUGCGAAGUAUCUGCAAAUACUACAUCGAUGCGUACAUUGCGUUGUAUCAGCUGAAAACGGAAAAAGAAGAAGAUUUAAACUCGAUUUACCAAAUGAUCAAAACAGAAUUGAUUGAAUCAAAGAAACAUCUUCCUCAAAACAUCAUAAGGGAUAUUUUAGAUAUGAUCCCAUAUAAUAAUUGCUAUACAAAGUCGUAUUUAACUCUUGCCAAACUCAUAUCUGAUGAAUAUCAAGUCACAGAUAUUAGCAAUGUUAACCCUAUUUCAAACUUCUUGUUUUACAAAGAGUAUGGAAUUAAAUUAAACAAGUCAACUAAUUUCGCAAAAAUUAAUCCAGAAAAUGUUGACAUUCAUACAGAAAAUACAAUUCACAAAGCUAUUAUGUAUAAUGAAAAAGAAAAAUUUAUUUCAUUCACAGAAAGAGAAGGAUUUGAUAAAGAUCAAAUUCUUAUUAGCAAAUUAUAUCCAAGUCUCUAUUUUUCCGAAAAAUAUACAUUGCUUGAAUUAUGCUGUUACCAUGGAGCAGUUGAUUGUUUCAAAUUCUUAAGAACAAAAUUUGACUCAAAAAUAACUGAAACAUGUCUUCAUCUUUCAUUUUUAGGAGGAAAUCCAGAGAUCAUGAGUGAAUGUUUGAAAUAUCAAAAACCAGAUGAAUAUUGCAUGGAAUAUGCAAUUAUUUCACACAACAUUGAUUUUGUUACAUUUUUAAUGAAUGAAUAUAAUGAAAAGAUCAAUUUACAAGUUUGCGGAAUACACAAAAAUCUUGAAGCAUUUUUAGUUUAUUUCGAUCAAACACAUGCAUCCAACGAAUGUUUUAUUUAUUCUGCAAUGUUCAAUGUUCCAUCACUUGCUGAAUAUUUUCUUUCUCAUGGUGGAAAUAUCAAUGAAAAAGAUGAAUUUGAACAUACUGCUCUUCAUUAUGCGGCACACAAUAAUAAUACUGAAAUGGUUGAAUUUCUCAUUUCACAUGGCGCAAACAUCUCCGAAAGAGAUGAUGAAUCGGAAACUGCUCUUCAUAUUGCGGCACAUUAUAAUUGUAAAGAAACAGCCGAACUUCUUAUUAGAUUUGGUGCCGAUCUUUCUGAAAGAGACUAUGAUGGACAAACUGCUCUUCAUUAUGCAGCACAUUAUAAUUUUAAAGAAAUAGCUAAUCUUCUUAUUUUGCAUGGUGCGAGUAUCAAUGAAAGAGAUAGCGAAGGAAAAACAGCUUUUCAUACUGCAGCAGAAUAUAGUAGUACGGAAAUAGCUGAACUUCUUAUUUCACAUGGUGCUAAUAUCAAUGAAAAAGAUUAUAAUGGAAAAACCGCUCUUCAUUGCGCAGCAUGUAAUAAUUGUCCCAAAGAAACAGCCGAAUUUCUUAUUUCGCAUGGUGCAAAAAUCAAUGAAAAAGAUGGACAAGGAAAAAUCGCUCUUCAUUAUGCAGCAUUGAAAGACAGUAAAGAAACAACUGAAUUUCUUAUUUUGCAUGGUGCAAAUGUUAACGAAAGUUAUAAAUAUGGAAAAUCUGCUCUUCAUUAUACAGCAUAA